UGCGGCGCCGCCGGAGUUUCACUUUGUAACUUUCAGGCGCUCGGGACGCGCCGCGCCGGCCCGGGGGGCGGACGGACGGACGGACGGCUUCCUCCGCGCGCGCGCUGCGCCCCCGCCGCAGGAAAGCCCACACAGGCUGGUGCCCGUGGCCCUGUGGGCAGGAGACCCUGCAGGAAAUGAGUGGCGGCUUGAAGCCACUGGGGUUUGCCAGAGCCAGCUCCCCCUGAGGGCCUCUCCGAGGGGCUCAUCCACAGGCCGUGCCUCCCCUGGUGUCCGGGGUGACGGGCGCCAUGACCGACUCCCCGUUCCUGGACCUGUGGCAGUCCAAGGCGGCAUCCACCCGGGACCGGCUGGGCAUCAGGGAACACCCCAACGACUCCUACUGCUACAACUCGGCCAAAAACAGCACCGUGCUCCAGGGCGUCCCCUUCGGCGGCAUCCCAGUCGUCCUGCUCAUCGAUGUCAGCUGCUUCCUGUUUUUAAUAUUGGUGUUUUCCAUCAUAAGGAGAAGAUUCUGGGAUUACGGACGCAUUGCCCUGGUGUCAGAAGUGGGCAGCGAGUCCAGGUUCCAGCGGUCGUCAUCGUCUUCCUCCCAAGGGCCUCAGGAUUUUGAAAGUGAUCUGGGAUGCUGCCCCUGGCUUACUGCAAUCUUCCGUCUGAACGACGACCAGAUCCUGGAAUGGUGCGGGGAGGACGCCAUCCACUACCUGUCCUUCCAGAGACACAUCAUCUUCCUGCUGGCAGUGGUCAGCUUCUCGUCCCUGUGCGUCAUCCUGCCCGUCAACCUCUCGGGCAACUUGCUGGAGAAGGACCCGUACAGUUUCGGGCGGACGACGAUAGCAAACCUCCAGACCGACAACGACCUGCUCUGGCUGCACACCGUCUUCGCCGUCAUCUACCUGUUCCUCACCCUCGGCUUCAUGCGGCACCACACCCAGUCCAUCAAGUACAAAGAUGAGAGCCUGGUGAGGCGGACCCUGUUCGUCACAGGACUCCCCAGACACGCCACGAAGGACGCGGUGGAGAGCCACUUCCGGGACGCGUAUCCCACGUGCGAGGUGGUGGAGGUCCAGCUGUGCUACAACGUGGCCAAGCUGAUCUACCUGUGCAAGGAGAGGAAGAAGACGGAGAAGAGCCUGACCUACUACACCAACCUGCAGGUGAAGACGGGCCAGCGGGCCCUCAUCAACCCCAAGCCCUGCGGCCAGUUCUGCUGCUUCGAAGUGCAGGGCUGUGAGCGGGAGGACGCCAUCGCCUACUACACGGGCAUGAAGGACCGGCUGAUGGAGAGGAUCACGGAGGAGGAGUCCAGGGUCCAGUUCCAGCCUCUGGGCAUGGCCUUCGUCACCUUCCAGGAGAAGUCCAUGGCCAUCUACAUCCUGAAGGACUUCAACGCCUGCAAGUGCCAGGGCCUGCGGUGCAAAGGGGAGCCCCAGCCCUCCUCCUGCAGCAGAGAGCUCGGCAUCUCCCAGUGGACGGUCACCUUUGCCGCCUACCCUGAGGACAUCUGCUGGAAGAACCUCUCUGUCCAGGGGCCCCGCUGGUGGCUGCAGUGGCUGGGCAUCAACUUCGUUCUCUUCGUGGUGCUGUUUUUUCUGACCACACCCUCCAUCAUCCUCUCCACCAUGGACAAGUUCAAUGUCACCAAACCCAUCCACGCGCUGAAUGAUCCAAUCAUCAGCCAGUUCUUCCCCACCCUCCUCCUGUGGUCCUUCUCCGCCCUGCUGCCCACCAUCGUCUACUACUCCACGCUGCUGGAGUCUCACUGGACCAAGUCUGGGGAAAACCGGAUCAUGAUGACCAAGGUCUACAUAUUCCUGAUCUUCAUGGUGCUGAUCCUGCCCUCCCUCGGCCUCACCAGCCUCGACGUUUUCUUCCGCUGGCUCUUUGACAAGUCUUCCCCGGACACCUCUAUCCGGUUGGAGUGCGUCUUCCUGCCCGACCAGGGCGCCUUCUUUGUGAACUACGUCAUCGCCUCGGCCUUCAUUGGCACCGGCAUGGAGCUGCUGCGGCUGCCGGGCCUCAUCCUCUACACCUUCCGCAUGGUCAUGGCCAAGACCGCCGCCGACCGCAGGAACGUCAAGCAGAACCAGGCCUUCGAGUUCGAGUUCGGAGCCAUGUACGCGUGGAUGCUGUGCGUCUUCACCGUCAUCAUGGCCUACAGCAUCACCUGCCCCAUCAUCGCGCCAUUCGGCCUCAUCUACAUCCUGCUCAAGCACAUGGUGGACCGGCACAACCUCUACUUCGCCUACCUCCCGGCCAAGCUGGAGAAGAGGAUCCACUUCGCGGCCGUGCACCAGGCCCUGGCCGCCCCCAUCCUGUGCCUCUUCUGGCUCUUCUUCUUCUCCUUCCUGCGCCUGGGUCUGACGGCCCCUGCCACCCUGUUCAACUUCGUGGUCCUGCUGCUCACCAUCCUGGUCUGCCUGGGCUACACCUGCUUUGGAUGCUUCAAGCACCUCAGCCCUCUGAACUACAAGACGGAAGAGCCGGCAGCUGACAAAGGAAGCGAGGCCCUGGCCCAUGUGCCCGCUCCGUACACGCCCUACGUGCCCCGGAUCCUGAACGGCCUGGCCUCGGAGAGAACGGCCCUGUCCCCGCAGCUGCAGCAGACCUACGGCGCCGUCCGCAACAUCAGCGGGACCGUCCCCGGCCCGGGCCCGGCCCAGAGCCCCGCGGACAGCGUGGCGGCCGCCUACCAGGAGGCCUGAGGGCGGGGGAGCUGCGGGGCUGGGCCGGCCCGGCUCGGAGCCGGGAGGUGAGGAGACGCAGGUGGAGACGUAGCUUGACACGGACCCCGACCAAGUCCCGUCCACGUUUCAAAGCCCCCCCUCCUCCGAAGACCAGCUGGGAAGGGGCUCCAGCCCUUGGCUGAGGGGUUUGGGGCGGGACCGGGUGCAACCCCGACCCUUGCUGGGGGGUCCGGGGUCCUGCUCAUUGCCCGCCGCCUUCUGCAGCGUCCAGCUCUGUCGCUGGGUGAGGUCCCCGUGCCUUGUAGCGAGAUCACGUGUUGGAACGGUGUCCCUGAGGCCACUGGUUGUGGUGACUCUCAGGUAACAGGGAGAGGGGACGGGGAAGACCCCCCUCUGAGCACACACCACUGCCCCCGUCUGGGCACACGUACGCCCCACGGAUAACCAAAGAGCCUGAGAUGGGGUCGCGAAGGUGGCCCGGGGUCAUGCCGGCCCCCCGUCUCUGUAGCCAGCCAGGCACCCGGCCCUGCCCCCCGCGUGAGCUGCGCACUCACGUCUGCACCCCACUCGGGUUCUGUUCCUGUAUCAUGUUGCCAGCGACGCUGUGGCUGGGCCAGGGUCACCCCAGCAGCCAGGGACAGUGCGAACCCUAAUAAACUGCCCGUUCAGCCAGGUGGUGAGGUCAGCCCUGUGCCUCUCAGGGCCGGUGCGUGGGCUGGGUCUCCAGUCCUCGCCUCCUCCUGUCUGCUCCCUCCUAGUGGGGGUUGGGGGAGGCGUGCUCAGGGCCUCCUGGGAGCCAGGGGAGGGCUGUGGCAGGGGAGGGGGGUGAGCUGGGUGCAGGGCUGUGGCCCAGGCAGCAAGGAUGGGUAGUCCCUGCCUUUUUUUCUCCCCGAGGGAUCUGGGGGCUGAGACAAUUUGGGGCAUUUGCUGGAGACACCGCCUUCCUCCUGCCUCCAGGGGGCGCCCAAGUCACAGGUGGGCGUAGGUGGUGGGCAGAGCCAGGGAGGCCGCCUGCAUCCCAGGGGGUGGGCCCGGCCAGGUCGCCAGGUGGGAUCUGGGGCACUGUGCGGACCUGUCCCCAACCGUCACUCAGCCCCUCGGCCUCCCCUCCCCUCCGAGCUGCCCGGGCACCCGGAAGGGGGUGGAGCGGAGUCCUGUGCCUCUGCAGGGGUCCUGCCCUCCCCGCCAGGGUGGAUGGGAUCCCCUCCUCAGCUCAGGCUGCAGCCCUGCCAGCUCUGCUGGAAGGGGAACCCCGCGUGGGGUCGGGGCACGUGCCGGUCACUUGGUUCCAGCCACUCUUAGAAGUAAAAUCAUUUAUUCUCAAA